AUGCGAAUUACUUUUGCCCCCGACCCACGACGGACACCGCCCAUCGAAACAACCUCUCCUCAAAUUGCGUCGUCGCCUAUGAUAUCGACGGAAACCUCCUUCAUCUCUGACCCGGUCGACAAUAUCGAACCAUGGCCCGUCCGCACCGAAACCUACAUCCCUGCUGCCUUUUUCCCUCGCGCAACAUCUGACCAGCCCGUGGGCAUACUCUACCGACCUCCUGAGAAUAAGAUGAAAAACUCGAAACCAAAGGAUUAUUUGGGCAAAGCUAAACUCGUCGCUGCAGAAAACGUCAACGAAGCAUAUACAACGUUCACCGGCGUCACCCGCAUGCAACAAGGUUAUACGCCCAGCGGGGCACCUUUGGAAGACCGAGGAGGGUUGACAGUUGGAGGAAACGCCGGCGGUGCGAAUCUCAGCGCAUCCGCCUCAUUCUCCCGUGCCCGCAACCCGGAUACUGUCAAGCCUAUCGAGCGUGCUCCAUCGGCACAGGCAAGGUUGGAGAGACAGAAUACGACACUUCAGACGGCCACCAGUGCGCGAGAAGAAGGUGCCAAUCUCCAGAAGAGCAACACCCUCGGUUCACGGCCUGCUCCUGGUCCCGGUGGUCCUGCUGCGAACAGGGAUAGGGACGCCGGAUCUCCUCCACCAGCUGGUGGUCCGCGAGUUGCUACGAGAGGUCUUAGUGUAAGAAAACCCGAGGGCCCUGUGUCCCCUCCUGGCCCUGCUGGUCGUGCCGGCCCCGGUGGCAAUGCCAAUCAGAGGGUGACCGACAUCUACGACGACUACAUGGAAGGAUACGGGGCCGGAGAGGAACCUCCACUACCCGACGAGGCGAAGCGCGUUCAGGCUUGGGCAUCCAAGACGCUGCCUGGCCCGCCAGCGGCUCCAAGCAGAGCCGUCAGCCAACGAGUUCCCCCUAGCGCAUUUGGUUCACGUUCGCAAUAUAGUGGCUCAGCAAUGGGUCGACGACCCACCAGAAGGCAAACUUCGCGGGGACGAGGUGGUGCAAGCAACUUUGGCGAAGAAGAAGAUGGCUAUGGCAGCGGUGAUUAUGACGAGGGCUUUGAGCUCGUGCGCAUCAAGGUCAAGAUUCACUACAACGGUGAAGUGCGAGGUAUGGCACUCACACCCGACGUUCCAUAUGAAGAGUUUGUCGACCGCGUGCACGCCAAAUUCAACAAGACGUUUGGCGAAAUGACAAUGAAGUUUAUUGAUGAAGAUGGAAUGAAGGUGUCGCUCCGUGACGACAGCGAUUAUGACUUGGCCAUUGAAACGGCGCGAGACUCGGCAAAGGGCAAACCAGAUGGCAAGCUCGUGGUUUGGGUCGAGUAG